ACAACAGGUUUGUGCUGUGGCUGAGGAAUAAGCAGACCUAAGAGAAGAGGCAAUAGACACGUUUUCCUCAGUGACAAGAUGGACUCUUUUAAAGGGCCCUGCCCGCACCAGAGGGCUCCUGUUGAGACGGAUGAGAGCAUGACAUCCUCAAGUCUGGACUUGGCCUGGUUUCCUGCUUGCAAACAGUGCAGUUGCCAUCCAGAGACCAGCCUGCAGAAACAUAGCUAUGGGCAAGCCAGGGGGCCAGCGCACAACGACGACCAGUGGAGACUCCCUGGGGACCAGCACCAGCAGGAUCCCAGAGCAGCCUAUCGCGGUGCCCCCCAACCUUGUUCCGUCACAUCUUCACGUCCGGGACAGACGAACAGCCUCCUCCCUGCAGGUGGUUGGCCUCAUAGUCUCAGAGAGCAGGCGCUGUUGUAUGAACGGGGUCCCGUGGGGGACCACAGCAGAGGCAUCGCUGGCCCUUCAGACUGGCCCCAUGGUCACUCUGUCCAGGAGGCGUUGGAGCCUCCUUUCUCACUCAAGUCUGAAGUUAACUGCACCCACGAUGUCCCACCACAAUACCCAGCAGCAUGCAUGAACGGCCCCAAUCCAAUGCAGGGGAGUCAUGUUCGACAGUGUGCGUGCUGCCCUCCAGCAAAUAUGCCCCGUCACAAUGAUAAUUAUAAUUAUCAUUUUAAGCGCAACUACCCAGGGGAUCCAUGCGACGAGCCUCACCGCUACCAACAGUCACGGAAUCCCCCCCACGGUAGGCUGCCAUCUAAAUAUGCUCCAAAUACCCACUAUGGGUCUGUGCCUCAGCGCGUGGGCCCUCCUCGAGAAGUGAUGCACGAGGUCGACGUGUACCGCUCCCUCCAGGCCAGUCCAGGGCCGGCCACGAGGGAGAUCCGGAGGAUCAUCAGCCUGUCUGAGGAGUACAGGAAUGUUUUCAUCACGUAUUCAGUGGACACAGCCGAAGAAAUCCUUACAUUCACCAAGUUUCUGACUGAUCAGGGGUUCAACCCAGCAAUCGACAUCUUUGAUAAUCCGAUCCGAAGAAUGGGCAUCAACAAAUGGAUGGACAGCUUUUUGAAUGACAAAUCAGUCAUCAUCAUCGUGGUCAUCAGCCCUAGGUACAGGCAGGAUGUGGAGGGAGAUGGAGAUGACGAGCACGGCCUGCACACCAAGUACAUUCACAAUCAGAUUCAACAUGAGUUCAUCCAACAAGGCUGCCUGAACUUCAGACUGGUACCCGUGUUGUUUCCGAAUGCAUUCAAGAGACACGUCCCCAACUGGCUGCAGAGCACCAGGAUCUACCACUGGCCCCGGGACACCCAGGACCUGCUGCUGCGCCUGCUCAGGGAGGAGCGCUACAUCAUCCCACAGCGGGGGGCGGACCUCACCCUCACCGUUCGGCCCCUCUGAGAAAAUCUGAUAAAAGGACAGACGCACAAAAAAAAAAAGCACAUUGUUCAUUUGGCCGGAGCCUCCCUCGAGGAGGACGGUUAAUGCGACAGCAGUUUAGUUGUUAUGUGUUUUCUUUUUGGAGCUUGACGUUUUUAUUUAGAUUCAUGAUUCAUUUUGACUGCGUUUCAAAUCCCAGUUAUAUACUCUGAAUACCGGUCAAUCGGGCUCCGCAUUAUUAACAUAUCACUCUACAAAAGUUCCCUAUUUAUUUCCAGCAAGACUCUGUGGGUUUGUGACUCUGAGUGAGCCUUUUCACAUACAUCCCAUUCAACAUGAAAGUAUAUGUAUGUACCGGUAUGUUCAGUGCAGCUUGAAGGAGAGACAUCUUGAAUUACAGCGGCCAUGCUCAAAGACGAAUGUAUCGCAAAGGGGAAAAUGAUAAGCAGAAAAAAAACAUUCUGUGAGGCUAAAUCCCGACAGUAGGAGUUAGUUAAAUCAAACGCUCUGACAAAAAAAAUAGAAGAAAAAAAAACCUCUUGUGUCUUUUGGAGCUCGUUCAGCUGCUUUCAUUGAAAAAGAGUUGGCAACAUUCCCAACCCUUUAAUCUUGCAAGGCCACUUUAAAAAGUAAUUUCAAAAUCAUCAUCACAGACUUAUUGAUUGAAUUAUCUUCUUCAUGUUUUAUUAUGUUAUUAUUUGAGCCUAAUAAUAAUAAUAUGAUUUUCCAUUAUUUAUAUUUGUUAAUAUUGUUGAAUAGAUCAUAAUAAACACUGAGAAAGACUAAUUAUUACAGCGGCAUACUGCUACAUUGUAUUUCUUGAGCCUAUAUCUCUCACCAGUAGGGGGCACCAUAUGCCAAAUAAUAACUCCCUGCCUUGGUUACCUCUGCAUGGACACUUCCAUCCAAUAUUCCAUUAGGUUAUUGGCAUUCUGUUUUCAUGAUACUUUUAAAUAAAUGCCUUUGUUUUAACUA